UGUUGAUUUUGAUUUUCAGUUAGAACUAGUGAUAAGGAAGGCAGCUCCGUUUGACCAUCAUAAUACGUUCCGGUUUUGUCACUUUCUUCGAAAAUCAUGGCACCAGAUUGUCGAUAAAUCGGUCGUUCCUUUUCUCGUCCAUAUCUGUGAUCAUUUUCGUUUUCGUGGUUGGCUGUGCAGUUUCAUGUAAAGAACGGAUUUUGCUCUUAUCACCUAACCCCAUUCUUCAUCCUUGUCCUAGGUUGUUAGUUAGUUAUGUCCUGUGAUGGCAACGAGGGUGUCGAUAUUCAAGACUUUCAAGACCUCCAUGAUGAGGGAUCUUUCGCCAACUUGUAUCCCGCUUUAACACAAUGUUUUGCCAUUAUCACUUGUGGAUAUGUGGCAGGCCGGUUGCAGCUGGUCACGCCGAAGGAAACGGCUGGCUUGAGUGUUUUUGUCGGGACGUUCUCAUUACCAUCCCUUAUAUUUCUCUCAUUGGCCGAGCUAGAUUUAAAGGCAGUCAAUUGGUACUUCCCUCUAGCCAUCUUCCUCUCCAAAGCUCUGGUUUUUUUUGCGGUCAUAUUAAUAACGAUAUUCAUCACCAAACCAUCAAGUCUUGCCAGAGCAGGGAUCUAUGCUAUCUUUGCAACGCAGAGUAAUGAUUUCGCCAUUGGUAAACCUAUCGUUGAAGCUCUGUAUAACAAGUCUCACCGUGAGUUCGUUAGUUACCUUUAUCUUGUAGCUCCAACAUCCCUUAUAAUGCUGAAUCCCAUAGGAUUCAUUCUGAUCGGUAUCAGCAAGUUGGCAGAGGCAGCGAGUGAUGAAUCUUCUACUCUUCCAAAAAUGGUUUGGAAUGUUGUGAAAGGAAUUCUUAGUAAUCCGGUUGUCUUCAUGAGCUCACUGGGUGUCCUUGGAAAUAUUGUUUUUGAUCAUCAACCACCAGUCGUAGUGAAAACAAUUUUAGAUGUUUUUGGACAAGCGUUCUCCGCAACUGCACUAUUUUUACUGGGGCUUCGGAUGGUAGGAAAAGUCCAAAAAUUACAAGGCGCAGCAUUACUUACCCCUGUCCUUCUGAUUGCAGUAAAAUUAAUUGCAAUGCCAAUCGUCACAAGAGAAGUUGUGAGUGUAACGGUCCGCUAUGGGGAUAGUAAUUCGACCCUAGCGCCUGCUUUGAGUACAUUUGGGUUCUUAUACGGGACUAUUCCAGCAGCCCCAGCUGUAUUUGUAUAUGCCACUCAGUAUGGUUUGGAUACAGAUGUGAUUGCUGCAGCAAUGGUUCUGUGUACUUUCAUAUCUGCACCUUUAAUGUUUGCUUCGGCCAAAAUGAUCGCAGCGACUGAACAACCCUCCGACAAUUUUAUAGAUGCUCUUAGCAAUUUUGAGUUUGAUACGAGCAUUAUUGGAUUCAUUGCUUGUUUGUGGGUCUUAACUGUCUUCCUUGUCGGUAAAGAUUUUUGGAAGUUACCGGUCAGAGUCACAGCAUUAUUAAUUGUACCUGAGAUGAUCAGUUGUAUUGGAGUGAUCUUAGGGCAUCUGAUCCCCAGUAAACAAAUGCUGCGGUUCUUUUUGACAACUAUCGGUAAUCUCUCCACUGAUCUGCUGACAGCUGCGCUUUGUGCCACUAUCCUAUGCAUUCAGGCACAAAAAUUCUCUGUCCUACUGAAAGGAGAAAUGCUUGUUCUAGGAUUUUGUUUAGGUUUUCCAAUUUUAGCUGUAAGUGUUCUAAUGUACUUGGUAAUGCCUUCUCCAGUGCACACCGAGUAUGACUUUAAUUUUAUGUAUGGGUCUCCAGAAGCUGUCCUCUAUUUGCUAGUCCUCCUUGUGUCUUUCAUAGGAUCCGUUUGUUUUUUAACCCUUGGACAGCGGCUGAGGAUCCGAAAUGCACAUUUUCUCGCUCUAGUCUCUGAAGCAAAUGGCAUGACAGCUCACGAUCGAAUAUCUAAUCUAGCUGAAAAUGGUUUAUCCUCAACUAGUGUGAACAGUAAUGAAUCAUCAGCAACGGAGUCGCUGUUAGAUAGUCCUGCAACGCCUCGAGAAAGCAGAGACAAAUUAAUGCCUCACAUCAUUUUUGUGAUACUAAUAGCCUGUGGAAUUUUCGUGAAACUCGGUCUCAUGCUGUGGCGUUUAAUUCUUGAUGAGAUGACUGGUGUUUAUGUAGAAAUUGCCUUCUUUGCCAUUACAUUGAGCAGAGGAAAGGGUAUAAUCGCCUUCUUUUUGUUUGGAAUUGACUCAGCAACAGUGUUCAAACCCAUGUGCAGGAGAAUUUUAACUCUGUGGUACGGAGGGGAAAGUUUUGAACUUCCCUCACUCGAUUCCUUGUCUCUGGAAACGAGGACUGCCUGUGAUCAAUUCCGAUCUCAACACCUAGAAUCGUGCAAAAAGGAUAUUGCAAAAGAUUUGCGAUGCGGAAUAUUCAUGGUAAGAGAUUGCUUUUGUGGGGCAUCCUUUUUAGACUGGCUUGUUGAAAACUCCGUUGUGAGCGAGCGCGAGGAGGCAUUUCACUUAGCAACACAGUUGGUACUUGGACGUGUUCUGCGGCAUGUGCAUUACGACAGACACUUUAAAGAUGAUUCCAAUAUCCUCUUUGUCUUCACCUGAGUAUCUCAUUUACGCCCAAAAUAUCUUGCUUUGUACUUGUUUCCGUAGUGUCUCCUUAAUCAGGAUGAAACGGGAAAAAGUCGCACAACUUGUCUUGUUUGAUUAUUGAAUGUUUCAAAAGUUAAGUCGAUCAUAUGGAACCAUUAAAAAAAAAUGCAUCACUCAUCAAAGUGUAUGUCCUAGUGCACAGCUGCUCAGCUCAUGUGGAAGAGUUACCAAAACACCAAGAGUGAGAAACUCUAUACCUCUGAAAUUUUUCUAUGAAACAAGAAUAUGGUACCUAUUCGGAGGAAAAAUCCCUAUGUUAUUUCUUAUACCUGUUGUGGAUUUUGAUCUCAGUUAUCAAGAUCUAUAGAUGUUCAUUUUUGUUUUGUCUAAUUGCAUGGCUAUUCGAUCAAAUGAAAAGUUUAACUAAUGUACUCAACCAAUUUAAAUCUUUUUCUAUACUUGAAAACUGAAUCAUCACUCAUGGUCAAAUAUUAUAAUUUACUCAAAGAAAAAUCUGAGGCUUCUGAAUCACUGUAUCCUAUUUUCGAAGAGUAAUUUUAAAAGGAAUUUUGACUUUUUCCCACAACAAAUUGUCAGAAAACAUCCUGUGAAGUCAAGGUCUUAAGAUUAAUGAUCAUUUUUCUGUACUUUGUUGAUAAGUUUCAUGUACACGUUAGCUCAAAUUUUCAACUAUCACGGGGCUCCUAAUUUUUCUUGCAUGCUCUCUUCUUUAGUCCCAUCUUGAAUUUAUAUUAUACAUUUUGGUUUCUUCCGAGGAAAUUAUUCAUUUUUUUUUCUUUUUUCUUCAGUGUGGAAACUCUUUAACUACUAAUUUUGAAAUUGCUGAAGACAAAUUGUAAUUUUAUAAAAGAAAUUUACCAAAAAUAAAGUCCGACUGAACUGUGCUUCUUAAGGUUUGGGUCAGCGUAAGUUAGGUUCCUUCCGUUAAAUAAUUUAUCGUAAAAAAACCCUUUUCUUCCCGCUCUGUAAAGUGUACCCUCAUCAUUUUCCCAUGGGAAUUUAAAAUUCAUCUUGUUUACUCUUAAUACCUGUGCACUAUCAGUUGUUUUCUCAGACCUGCCCUUCAAAACUGUGUCCCUAAACUCAUAGCUCUCACUUUUUUCCACCCAAAUAUUUUUCUUUUCAUAUUCUUGUAAAUUGCUUCUGUUUUCUUUGAUUUGUGUUUUAUGUUUUGUUGGAACGGAUUUGCUCCAUUAUCAAAAGCAUGCUCCAAAUAUUUUCCUCAUAUUUUUCUCUCCUCUUUAUUUGGAUCCAAAUGAUGGAGGUAAAUAGUAAUCUUAAGCGAAAAUAUCAUUAUGUGCCAAAACUUAGUAGAAAAGCUGUUGAAAACAUUUAUGAAGCUCAUUUCGACAGUGAAACUACCAAAACACGUGUCUUUUUUGCAGUGCUAAAAAAUUUCUGCUCCCAUUUUAUCUCAACAUGGAAGAACAAACCAACAAUAUAGCUUGAAAUUUUCACUAAAUAUCUUUCACAUUAAGAGGACAAAUCAAGAGAGUUUUCUGCAAUGCAGUUGAUGAGUUUGUUCCCAUUUCACAAGUUAAUUAUAUGUCUGAAGAUCUCCAGUGUCGCAAACCGAGAUGCGCACUUUUGUAGUUUCACUGUCGAUUUGUGAGUAUAGACAUUCAAGUUUUUCAUUUAUUUGAAACCUCCUUUGGUCUGAAAUUAUUUAUGAUGUACUUGCGUGUCAUUGAAUUUAGCGGAAAAAUGUAAUAAGUAGGCAAUGAAAAACAAAUUAUUAACAGAGGAACGUUAUUUUGAAAAAUUAUUCAUCUACAACGUGUGUUUAUUAAUAUUUCAAGAUUUGAGAAUUUAUUUUAUAAAUUAAACAUAAAAUUACCUAACUGAUAGUGUCCUUGCUUACUUUACUUAGUGCUUGCUUUACUUUUUGAAAAUAAUAUGUAAAUCUAAUCACAAAGAGCAAGUACCAAAUGAACUGCCGGAAGGUUCUGAGCUGUUGCACAGUUUUUUAAUUUAUUGCCGUCAUGAUACAUUUCACACCAUUAGGAAGAACAAAUCAACCUUAUCAUUCAUCCAGAACUUUCGACUUUUCGUAUGCAACGCAGAAUCAGGCCUAAGAAAUCGAAACUUUGAACGUGUAACCAAGAAACAUGUGUGGUUUGUUGGACAAUGAAAAUGUCUGUUCAAUUUUUGUACUUAUUUUGCUGUUACCAAUGGCCUCCCAUAUUGGUACAAAUGCAUGCAUAUGGGAAUGAAAACUCUGUAACAUACUUGCAACAUGCACCAUUGGCACCUAAAUAUUACCUUUUUUUUUUUAUUUUUAUUUUUUUUUUAUUUUGGAAACUCAUUUAAUCUGUUUCAUUUGUCAGAUUUUAUACACCCCUAAAUUUUCAUUUGAUUUUCUCUUACAGAGAUGUGAAUGCUGGCCCACCAUGCACCCAUUUUCUUUCUAUGAUGUGAGAUUGAGAAACGUGUUUUUGAUCAUUAUGCUGAUUUUUGUUUUUGUUUUCACUCUUGUUUUGUAGUGGCACCUUCGUUACUAUCAAACUGCUGUUUUUAAUAAUGAUAUGAUUGGAUUUUUAUGAUUUCAAAAUUAUUGAUUUAAUAAAAACGAACAGUGUGUUGUUCUCUCCUCGAGGAAAUAGGAGGGGAGGAAUUUUAUUUUGAAAAAUCUUUGCUUUCUUGGAUUUUUGAAAUCAGUACCAUAAAAGAACUUGAGAAAAAUUUCGCCAAAUCUAAACCAAAAGCUCUAUUUAUACUUCUUUAUCAGUCCGGGUAAAAGGAAAGAAGAGUAGGUGCAGAAUUAUAGAUUGAGGAGGAAUAAGUUAUGUAUUUUUCCUUGUGUAAAAUUAUUUUAUGCAUUGAGGAGUAGACCGCUACCAGGACUGCUGAAUUCAGCCAGGAAUUCAGAGGAAAGGUCCUCGAGCUCAAUAGAAAAGCUUUUUGGUAAAAAUUCGCCUAGGUCUUCAAAAUCUCCAUUUAAAGCCUUUUUUGGGGCUUUCUCAGUUGGAGCCUCUAGUUCAUUCACAGCGGUAGAAUUAAUGUUAUCUAAUUUUGUAUAUGUUGGUUUAUUGACAUUUUUCAUUUGGCCAGAAAACUGAUUAAUCUUUUAUUAUGAAUUUUUUAUUUUUGUUGAGAAACACUGUUCAGGAGGCAAUAUGUUCUUCAAUUCAGUUAUCAUACUAAGUUGUCCAAAUAUUGAAGACUUUCAACAGAAAGAAUUCAAGGUCCCCAAGCUCAAUAGAAAAGCUUCCCGAGAAAAAUUUGUUUAAGUUUUCAAAAAUCCCCAUUUUAAGCCUUUUUUGGAACAACUUUCAACUCACAAAAUUAAAAGGAGUGUUACUUUCUUCACUCAUUUUAUGUAUUAGAGAUACUAAGAUCUUGUGAGACAGUUUCGAUUGGACUGUGAGCAAAGGGAUCAAAAGAUCUCUGAAAUUUGAAAGCGUAUAUGUACAAUUUCAAUCUAUCGAUCCUUUUCAAGGACAUUUUAGUCACUGUCAUAUUUCAAGAAUGCAAGUGAAUCUAGUUGACUGUUUGAAAUUUCGGCGACUAGAUUCAUCGAGCCCUGAAAAAAUUUCUCUUGUGAUAUAAAUUUAGUAAAGGAGUUGUGCUGAAGCGUAUUUUUCGUAUGUGUUUUAUUUUGUGAUUUUUAUUAUACUAUUAGUCGUUAAGUUGAUAGUCUGAGGAAGUAUACUGUGCGUUAAUGUUAUCUAUCUUUCCAUUGUUUCUGGUCCUUUGGCAAUAAUCUGUCAGUGGUUGUAAUGAUCUGGAAAUUGAGGAGGAAAGUAAUUUUAUCGAUUAGCUGUUAAUACUUUCCAAGUAUGUAACAUGAUUUCUGUUGAAGGAAUGAAAUUUCUCUGGUAAAAAUUAAAAAAUGUGAAAGUAACCACUUUCUUCUAUCCAGGCAUUUCUGAUAAAAUUUUGAGGGUCAUAUUCUCCGAGGGAUUCUUUCGAAUCAUGCUCCUUAACGCAAUGGCAAUUCUAGUGAGUUCUCAACACUACAUCUGCUCCAUUUAAGCCAUUAUAAAAUAAUAGAAGAUUCUAGGCGGGACAGCCUGUCCCAAUAAAAAUUGAUGAUUUUACAUACAUUUAAAUGGAUGGAACCUAGCAUUGUUAACUUACAAGAAUUGUCUCAGUCAUAAUGCGAAAUUGUUCUAAAGAAUUUUAUUUAUUGAUAACAUAACAUUAUUGGUUUUCUUAAAUCAGUUGUGUGUUCACGAGAUAUUAUUUAUAAAUCAUGGAGUGUAUGUUUAGUCCCUGGUGAAAAAUACUUUCUCUUUUAUUUUAUGUGCAAGAGAAAAGAGUCCUCUUAUUUUAGAAAUUUUAUGCGGUAUGAAAAUAAACUUUCAAGCAUACCAAUUUAUUUUUUGUGAAAAUAUUUUUUAUGUUUUUUUAUUUGGUGGAAAAUUUCUGCUAGUAUUAGACUGAUUAUCUUGAGGAAGAAUUGAGAAAGGAUAAUAUGAAUUAUACAAAAUGUUUCCCUGAUGAAAAUUUUUCUUAGCAACUCAAAAUACCACUGAGGAUUACUUUUUUUCCUAUACAUACUGUUAAUUUAAAAGUUUGUUGGAAACCGAAUGAGGUCAAAAUGCUUUCAUCAAUGCUGAUUCUUUUUUGUUACCUCAUAAAAGUUUUUAAAUAAAUUAAUAUUUAUUUUUUACA